GGAUCAAAUUCAAAAUUAAAAUUGAGGUUCAUAAGCAUAAAAAUAAAAAAAAUGAAUCCUUAUAACUAGCAAUUUUUAAAUAAGAAUUACCUUAAUCAGUACUUGAAGGCCAGCAAAUCAAACCCCUAUCUCAGCUUUGUCCUUGUAAAACUGUAACCAAGCAAGAGAACAAUAACUCACUUAAAACACAGCAACAUGGUAAAAUAUAACCAAGCUCCGAAAGGUCAUCUACAAGAAUACAAACAACAUGUCCAAAACCUCCCAUUCCAGUUAGGAAAAGAAGUUCAGAACCUUCCUUUCUGGAAAAGAACAGAAGUUCAGAAGUUAACAUUGCAACUAGAAAACUUGAAAAGAGAAGAAGUUCAGAACCUCCCACUCCACCCAGAAAAAGAAGUAGAGAUUCUGCAGGUCCAGCCAGAAGAAGCUCAGAUUCUCCCAUUCCAUCCAGAAAAAGAAGUUUGGAUUCAGAUCUUCCCAUUCCAGCCAGAGAAAGAAGUUCAAAACCUCCCAUUAGAAGUGAGUACCAGCAUGCUCACUAUCAUGAUGACAAUCCGCUCUUUGUCCAUCCAUGGAUGGGUAUUGUCGCCAACAUAUAUUCCAACCCGAGUCGAAGAUGGAAGGGCUGUAGGGGAAAGUGGAAAAAAACUCAAGGAGGAGUUCACAAGGCAAGGGUUUAAUCCCUUGAAGGUUCACCCUCUCUGGAAUAGAAAAGGGCAUUCAUGGUUUGCAAUAAUGGAAUUUAAUAAAGAAUGGGAUGGUCUUAAGAAUGCUAUUGUGUUCGAGAAAAGCUUUGAAAGUAACCACUGUGGCAAGAGGGAUUAUUAUUCAUCAAGACAUCAAGGAGAAAAGUUGUAUGGUUGGAUUGCACGUGAUGAUGAUUACUAUUCUAGAAAUUUUCUUACUUUCUCUAUUUUGAUGAAUUAAAUUAUAGUUUAUAUGAGCCUAGUAGCUUCCUGCAUCUAACUUUUUUUUUGGUCAGAGAAAAAAAGAAUGCGCCAGGUUUCUCAUGAUCAUUGUAAGAAAAUAUCCUUGGAGAA